AUGAAUAUUUGGAUUGCAGCUAGUGACGGGAAAGUGGACGUGGUGGAAAAAUUCUUGGCAAAUGGAUUCAGGGCUGAUAGCAAAGAUCCGAAUGGAUACACUCCACUUCACGCAGCUGCCGCAUACGGACAUGAAGAUUUGCUAAGGAAACUUUGUGCCGAACCUUACAACGGCGAUAUAAACGUCAGAGACAAUGAUGGAGAUACCCCGUUACACCACUGCGAGGAGGUUGGCAUUGCUCGCAUCAUCAUAGAGGAACUAGGCGGAGAUUAUACAUUACAAAACAACGAAGAUAAAACGGCGUAUCAGGUAUUUGAAGAAGACGAAUGCCUCAUUGAUCUUACGAAAUACAUGAGACAGGUGUGUGGUAUUACCGAGCCAUCUCUUGCUGAUGUCAACGAGGAGCAAUUUGCACAAUUCAAAGAGAACAUCAGAUACACAUUAGAAAAUGAUCCUUCUACUGACGAUCCAGAGAGUAUCCAACGUAGACAGAGAAUACAAGAAAUUCUCAGCGGUGACAAUCCAGAUGAGGAGCUUGAGAACUACGUCAGAGAAAUGGUUAGAUCCCAAUUGUUGAACCAGAGCGACGAUGGUUCAUCUGCGAAAAGACAAAAGUAG